CAAACUCUAAGCAUUUGUGUACUUUCCUUCUUCCGAGAGGUGGAGAUGCUCAUAUUUGGAUAGCUUUGCCCCUGGUGGGAUGGGAGGCAAAGGCCUCUGACAGGACAAAAAGCCCGCCCCUGGUGGGCCGGGAUGCCGUAGCCUCUGAGAGGAAAGGCGGGCACUACCCGCGUGGCCCCAGGCGGGACACUAAGACGCGCCGCAACGCUUUGAAGAGCUGAUGCGCGUGGGUCUUGUGCCAUCGAAGGAGAUGAUGGGACAGCGCCACCUGGCGUGGCUGGUGGUGAGUCCUCCAGGGAUGCAAGAAAGCGAAAGAGAGCCGGCCAGCCCGGGGCGCCCUGCUCCACUGCGUGCCAGAGCUUUCCGCGCUUCUUAUGAGAUGAAGCGCCAACGGCUCAGCAGGUGCGGGGGACGCGUUGGCGGCCGUGCCUCUUGUCUUCUUAGGGUUCAAGGUGAGCAGAGUGAGCCCCGCAGCCUGGGCAGGCCGGUGCCGCCUCGUUUUCCUCCAAAGAAAAGCAAAGACCCGAGCGGAACGGGCAAGUCCAGGGGGGCGAAGUCGCGCGGAGAUUUUUCGGCGGGCUGUUUGGUUGGUUGGUCGGUUGGUUGGCUGGCUUGGCGCGGUUGCCUUCCUGACCUCCCUCCGCUUCCUAUGCGAGUCCUCCUGGUUGGAUGGCUCGCUUCGGCAGGAUUCGUCUGCCCCCUCGCCUUCUUCCGCCGUUGUUCUCUCCCGGGUUGCGGUCUUUUCGCUUCAUGUGUGUCCGCGUUGCCGAGGGUGAACCCUAUCCGCGCACCGACCGCCAGCGCCUAGCCCCAGGCGAGCACACAAAGCGCCAGGCGCUACCUUUCUGGGGUCUGGUCACUCGGCUCAGGAGCCGAGUUGAGGACGCUCAAGGAGGGCCUGGUCACCUGAGGCAGCGCGUCUCUGAUGAACACCUGCCGCCGACUCCGCUGCGGUGGUUAUUCGCUGCGCAAGUGUGGAACACGCGCGAGCGUGAUUGCAAGGCCCCCGGCGCGGCCUCAAGUUCCCCUGGAGACUGAACACGGGCAGCGCCAAGAAGAGCACACAGACGCAUAAGCAUAAGGCCCAGUGCGUUGAUGAGUCGCCUCCUAUAUGGACGCACUGCUUUCUUGGAUAUGCAUGACUUUCAUCUGCUGCGACCACCAUACUUACAUAGCUUAACGACGUUAGCAACUUUGAACUGUCUGCAAAAGUCAUAGGCAUGACUUUUAUGGGCUGAUAACAUCAUAGAUUAACGACGUGAUUAGCGUUUUUGGAAAAACAUGUCGCCCCGUAGUCCUUCAGCUUCUCCACUGAUGGGAUCUGCAGGGCAAAACAGCGGAGCAGCUGUGGCUUCUGCGUCCUCGUCCGAACACCCCAAAGCUGGGUCGUCUGCCAGCUUGGAGGAUACCCCUCUGACUCUGGAUGGCGCUAUGAGAGUUGCGAAACCGUAUUUGCAGGCCCCGGUGGACGUGACCCUAGAAGGCACAACCUUUUCGCUGCGGUGGUGGUUGUAUACGCCGAGACCGCGAAAAGAUGCUGCGCGAUUGAAUUCGACAACGACGAAUAUGCCAGACGCGGAGACUCCUGCGUCAGUUACUUCUACGUCUUUUUACGGCGUGCGCACGGGCGUUUUGGUGUGCCUUCACGGCUUUGGCGGCUCAAAAUACGAAUUUAGUGCGCUGAUCGGGAGUCCGACGCCUUUGCCUGAGCACAUUGGUCACGUAAUCGCAAUCGAUUGGCCGUUUUCGGGCGGUAACUCACAUAGCGAAGCGGAUCUCGUGUUGCACCCGCACUUCCUGCAACGGCGAGGACGAGAACCCGCCACCAUGGAUGACGUGCGGUUUUUAGCUCGCUUGAUGCACACAGCGCUGCAAGAAAAGAUUUUGCCGCGAAUCAAGAAGACGCUCCUGCUGAACCUCAAAUUGCAGGCCAAAGGGACGAAUUCAGCAGGCACGAUGGACCUAAGCCAGGCAGAAAAAAGCCGAGACAGUUUGCGCUACGACCUGGUCGGGCACUCCAUGGGAGCCACUAUCGCCUUACACUUAGCCGACCAGUACCCAAGCACACUGCGGUCGCUAACCCUGGUGGAUCCCGCUCUGAUUUAUCCGCGUGGCAAAGCGAACAUCGUGGACUGGGUGUUGGAGGGGGCGCAGACCGAGAGUGAGUUCCUGAACAACUUUGACGGAGUGCAAAAUGCCCAGUUUCGCGAGUUCAUUCUUCGGGGCAACAUGCCAGGCUACACCUACUGGGACGCGGCCAUGCAAAAACUCGCGAGCAGUGUCGGCUUCUACCGCUUUGCAAAAGUGCUAAAGGCCAUCAUGGAGACGUCGAGCACGGAUUCACAUGGUGCAAACGCUGUUGCAGUUAAUGGUCCAGAUUCGACAGCGGAACAACAAGCCGAGAUGAAUCCGCAUCCGGUAGAAAGCAAGACGACUGAAGUAUACCUGCGCGUACAGAAAAAGUGGAUCGAAGAGGCAAAUAAUGGCCCAGAUUAUUUUAGUCAAUCCGCGUCGUUUAAAUCUCCGUUAGAUUUGCCAGCUCCUAAACGCGGACGAGGUCCUCUGUACAUCGCGGCUGGAGAAAACCUCCGAUAUAUUCAGCCGACCAUCGACUUUCUGACUGAAAAUAGUUUGCCCUGGACGAAGGUGGAUGGUGCUGGACAUUUCAUUGCUGUAGACACCCCCAUGGCCUUUUGCGCGCAGCUUACGGACAUGCUUUCAUGAGCAAUUACAUUAGUACAAGAUGGAAGAUUCUUGACAAAAUACGAAAAAACAUGUUUCAAUUGAAAUAGUCAUGAUUUGUUGCACACAUCAACGCUUUGUUCCCCACUUAUCCCACCUGUUCUUUUGGUGAGCCCUGCCUUUGGUAAACCGUUCUCCCGUGACACCACCUACUUAUCCACACUUUAUUCCAUACACGUUGAU